AUGUCCUAUCGAUUAAUCAAACUCAAUUCAGGCAACACUAUUCCAUCAAUUGGUCUUGGAUGUUAUGAUAUCCCAAACUCAAGAACAACUGAAAUUGUUUAUAAAGCAUGUCAAGUAGGAUAUAGACAUUUCGAUACUGCAGUAUUAUAUGGUAACGAACAAGAAGUUAUAAAUGGAAUUUCCAAAUAUCUACGUGAAAAUCCAACAAUUCCAAGAAGUGAGUUCUUCUAUACCACUAAAUUAUGGAAUAGUCAAUUAGGCAAGACACAAACGAAAAGUGCAAUUGAAGUUAUGCUUCAACAAGUUGGAGAUUUAGAAUAUAUCGAUUUAUUAUUGAUUCAUUCCCCUCUACCGGGAAAAACUCGGAGAUUAGAAAGUUAUCAAGUUAUGCAAGAAUAUAAAGAUAAAGGAUUGAUCAAGAAUAUCGGAGUUUCUAACUAUGGUAUCCAUCAUAUUGAAGAAUUGUUGAAUUGGCCAGGAUUGAAAUGCGUUCCUUGUGUCAAUCAGAUUGAAGUGAGUCCUUGGUGUAUGAGACAAGAAUUGGCAAGUUGGUGUUUGGACAAAGGAAUUCAAGUUCAAGCAUUUGCUCCCUUGACUCAUGGAUAUAAAUUAGAUCUGAAUCAAUUCAAAGAUAUUCAAGAAAAGUAUCACAAGUCAUUGGCGCAGAUAUUGAUUAAAUGGUCAUUGACCAAGGGUUAUAUCCCUUUGCCCAAGACCAAGACUGAGUCAAGAUUAAAGGAAAAUCUUUCAAUUGAUGAUUUUGAAUUAACCAAAGAAGAAAUAGCUAGAAUUGAUCAACCGAAUGCGUAUGAACCGACAGAUUGGGAAUGCACAGAUGCUCCAUGA